GCGCGUCAUGCUUUCCGCCGGUAAAUGCCACCGCCGCAGUCAUCCGAAACCCUUCUCCAACUCCUCCAGCAUUUCAUCAAACACCGAAUUCAGGUCAAGCAAAUCCACGCCCACGUAAUCACCAGAAGCCUUCUCUCUCCGGACCCAUUCUCGAAAUGGAAACCCACGCUUUUCUACAACACUCUGAUGCGAGGGUACGUCAGUUUCGGCCAUACACGACACACAUGUCGCCUGUUCAAGCUUAUGCUCGCCCACCAAAUCCCACCAAACGCCCACUCUUUCCCUUCCCUGAUCAAAGCUGCUGGACUCUGCUGUGCUUUCCGCGGCGCUAUUUCCCUUCACGGCCAAGCUCUGAGAAGGGGUUUGCUAGCGGAUCCGUUUGUGCCGACGUCUUUGGUUGGAAUGUAUUCGCUCUUCGGUGAUGGAGUGGGUGCCCGCAAGGUGUUCGACGAAAUUCUCUGUCCUGGUGUCUUUGAGUAUAAUGCGAUAAUUGAUGCUUAUGCUAAGAAUGGUGACGUGGGUUCUGCUCUUGUGAUGUUUGAAACUAUGCGGCAGAGAGAUGUCGUUACUUGGACUAGCGUGAUUAAUGGAUUUGCAAAGAACGGUCUUUUCCGCGAGGCAAUUCUGUUUUUCAAGGAUAUGAUGGUGCACGAUGAUGUGCUUCAUGGUUCCGUUAGACUGAAUGAAGCAACUUAUGUUAGUAUAUUGUCUUCGUGCGCUAGUUUAGACUGUGGAGCUCUUGUUCUCGGAAGGCAAAUUCAUGGGUACAUGAUCAGGAAUGAGCUUUGUUUCACUGUGUUUAUGGGGACAGCACUAACUGAUCUCUAUGGGAAGUUGGGAUUUCUGGAUAAAGCGGUGCUGGUUUUUAAUAGAAUUGUGGCUAAAGAAGUUUGCACUUGGAAUGCACUCAUUUCUGCACUUGCAAAUAACGGCAGAGAGAAGGAAGCCAUACAUAUGUUUGAGAAGAUGAUCAAGGUUGAAGGCCUGCACCCGAAUGAAGUUACCUUCGUGGCAUUACUCACUGCCUGUGCUCGUGCCGAACUUGUUGAGUAUGGUUUGAAAUUAUUUCAGUCAAUGCAAAACGAAUUCAAAGUGGUACCAAGAUUGGAGCAUUAUGGUUGCUUAGUUGAUCUCAUGGGCAGAGCAGGGUUACUGGGAGAGGCAAGUGAUUUUGUCGACGGCAUGCCUUGUGAGCCCGAUGGUUCUGUAUUAGGCUCACUUCUCAGUUCUUGCACAAUCCAUGGAGAAAUGAGGCUAGGACAUGAAGUGGGCCAAAAGUUAAUCAAAUUACAACCACAGUAUUCUGGACGAAUGCAGAAUUGCUUUCCAUGGACGCUAUGAGGUCAUCUCUUACAUAAUGCAUCUUCUCACCACCUAACAACAUUGAGCAUUCCUGUACGUAAACCUGUAUUGACAGGGAAGGGGAAAGACAAGAAGAAUCUUACAGCAUUCUUUGAAACAGAUUGUGUGAAGAUAUCAUUUGAGAGCUGUGACCAAAUCCAUAUUGGGCAGCUUCACAAAAUUUCGAAGCUUGACGAUUGGGUAAUUUGCUUGCUGCAUUAUUGGGGAGGGGCGGAUAAUGAUUGGCUCCUUCCUCCAUUAAAGAUUGAAACUCCUU